AUGUCUCAACAAUUUUUUAUGCCGAACACUGCGUUGAAUCAACAACAACAACCACCACAACAACCAUCAUCAUCAACAAUGGGUGGUGGUGAUAACAAUGGUGGAUUUGGUCAACAACAACAAGGCUUUUAUAAUCCACAACAACAACAAGCUACUGAAAGUCCUACUGUUGGUGGUUUUUUCAAUCCUCAACAACAACAACAAGGCUUUUACAAUCCAAUGAUGAAUCAACAACAACAACAACAAUCAACACAAGGUUUUUAUAAUCCAAUGAUGAUGGGUAGUAAUACAACUACAACUCCACCUCCUACAAUGAAUAUUCCUCAUCAACAGCAACAACAAUUCUUUAAUCCAAUGAUGAAUAAUCCUUCAACUCCAACAAGUAUGAUGGGUACUACUAAUACAACAACAGCAGCCUUACCACCUCCACCAACAAGUUUAAGUUUUGAUCCAAGAGAUUCUACUGGACAAACAUCUGCUACUUCUGCACAUCCACAUGUUUCUUCCUUCUCAACUCCAUUGGUACAACAACAACAAGGUUUUAUGCAACAACAACAAGUAUCAUCCAAUUCUGGUUUUUCUACUACAAACUCAAUGAUACCAGAUCAAAGUACUACUACACCUACUACUCAAAAUACUCCUAAUAAUUUAGGUGUUCCUAAAAAGGUACAAAAAGCCUCUUCCAUGCCAACACCAGCUAUAUUACCAUUGAAAGAACAUACUACAAUGCAUGAAUAUGAAACAGCAAGCUUUUUAGAACAUUACAUGUUAACAAAUUCAAUGAAUAGUCCAGUUACAAGUUUAGGAUCUUCAUCAACAUUGAAUAAUUUUGCAUUGGGAGGUCAAUCACAACAAAUGAAUAACAAUAACAAUAACACUAAUAACAAUGGAGGAGGUGUUUUAAGUGGAUUAUUUGGAUCAUCUAGUCCAAAUUUACCAUUCAAUACUAAUGCUAUUCAACAAGGACCCAAUACAUCAAAUAUUACACCUUAUUUUAAUGUACCACCUCCACCAGCAGAUAGAAGAAUGAAAAUUAUUUGUAGAGGAUCAUGUACACCACAUCGUAUUAGACCAACUCUUUAUUGUGUUCCAAAUACAAAGAAAUUACUUGAUGCAUCACAAUUAAUGAUGGGUGCAAUUGUUCAACCAAUGGCAAAUUUAAAUCCACAAGAUCAACCAAAUCAUACUCCAAUUGUUGAUUUUACUAAUUAUGAAAUUUUAAGAUGUUCAAGAUGUAGAGCUUAUAUGAAUCCAUUUAUGAAAUUUGUUGAUAAUGGAAAGAAGUAUCAAUGUAAUUUUUGUGGAUUUUCAAAUAAUACACCUGAUUGGUAUUAUUGUCCAACAGAUGUUUAUGGUGUUAGAACUGAUAUUUUACAAAGACCAGAAUUAAGUGUUGGUGAUGUUGAUUUUAUUGCAACUCAACAAUAUAAUAGUAAGGCAAGAGAACCAAAACCACAAACAUUUGUUUAUGUUAUUGAUGUUGGUCAUGAUGCUAUUGAAUCUGGUCUUUUAAGAUCUGUUAUUGAAGGUUUAAAAACUUGUUUCAAAACUUUUGGUCCAAAAUUUAGAAAUUCCAACGUUGUUUUUAUUACUUUUGCAAAGAAUAUUCAAUUUUAUAAUUUUAGAAAAUCUAAUAAUAAUACAAUUAAUAGUAAUAACAAUAAUAAUAUUGGUAACAAUGGUAAUAAUAAUAAUAAUAACACAAGUGAAAUCAAACAUGUUCAUCCUCAAGUGAUGAUUGUUGCAGAUUUACAAAAUUCAUUUGUACCAAUUCAUCAAGAAGCUUCCAUUACAUUUGGUGAUAUUAUUUAUGGAUCAUCAACAAGUAGUGAACAUGUUAAUCAUGAACAAGUUGAUGAAUUUUUUAAUCGUUUCUAUGAAACAGCAUCAAAACUUGGUGAACGUUCCAAUGAUAAUGUUGCAGGUAGUGCAAUGAAAUGUGCAGAAGAAUUAUUGAGUGAAAGUGGUGGUAGAGUUUUACUUUUCACUUCAAAAAUUCCAACUUUGGGACAAGGUAAUUUUACUCUUGGACCAAAUGCCUCUGAAUCUGAUCAAGAAAGAAGAAAUCCAUAUAAAUUAUAUGGUACAGAUAGAGAGAAGGAAAUUUUCAUUCCAGAAUUAGGAUUUUGGAAGAAUUUAGGAAUUUCAUGUGCUAAGAAGGCUAUUGGUAUUGAUAUUUUCCUAUUCCCAAAAACAUAUAUAGAAACAGCUAAUUUAUCAUCAGCAGCACAAACAACAGGUGGACAUGUUUAUUUAUAUCAUCAAUUUAGUGUUAAAAGAGAUGAAGAACGUUUAAUUUUAGAUUUAAAUAGACAUUUAGAAAGAGAAUCAGGUUAUGAUGCAAUUUUCAAAAUUAGAACAAGUAGUGGUAUUGGUAUUAGAAGAUAUUUUGGUCACUUUUUACAACAACAAGAUGAAGUUAUGGAUUUGGCAGUUAUUGAUUCUGAUACAUCAUUUGGUGUUGAAUUUAAACAUGAUGAAAGUAAUUUAUUAGGUGCAAGUGAAUCUGGUAAUCAUUAUAUUCAAUGUGCACUUGUUUAUACAAAUUCAUCUGAUGGUAAAAGAUAUUUACGUGUUCAAACUUUAAAAUUGAAAACUGCAACUGAUUUUAAUACUUUAUAUAGAAGAUCUGAUAUUGGUGCUUGUUUAGCUCUUUAUUCACGUUUAUUUGUUCAUCAAGUAAUUCAAAAUAGAGAUACUUUAGAUACUGUUCGUGAUAUGAUUUGUGAUAGAUUAACAAAUUUAUUAGCAUGUUUAGCAAAAUCACCUGCUUUCUGUCGUUAUACACGUGUUUCACUUGAUAAGAAAAUUCAUUCUUUCCAUUUAUUGAUGAAAUUUUCAUGUGCUCAAGCUAUUAAUUAUUGUUAUCCACGUUUAUAUGAAAUUCAAAAUUUAACUUUCAAUGAUGAAGUACAUGAUCAAGAAGAUAAUGAACAAGAUGAAAUUAUUCCAAUAUCAUAUAAUAGUGAUGGUUCAAGAUAUCCAAUGCCACCAAUUUUACCUCCUUCAUCAAGUAUUGUUUCUUCUGAUGGAAUUUAUUUAAUGAGUGAUGGAAAUGAAUGUUUAUUCUGGAUUGGUAAAGAUGCUCCUCAAGAUAGAAUUCAAGAAUUAUUUGGAGUUGAUUCUAUCGAUCAAAUUACACUUUCAACUUCUAAACCUGUAUUCUCAAUGUUAGAAAAUUUAAAUGUUGAUGAUUUAUCAAUUCCUAAUGCUCCUUAUUCUAGUAAGGUUCAAUUCAUUGUAAAGGAAUUAAUUUCCAGAGGUGUUCAACAUGGUGGAAUUUAUAUUUAUAAGGAAAGUAAUGAAGGAACAGAUGGAUCAUUCUUUAUUAGAAUGGUUGAAGAUAAGUUUGGUUCUGGAAUUUCAUCAAGUCCAGUUGAUAAGUCAUACUCUGAUUUUUUAGUCAUCUUACACAAUGAAGUUAAGAAACUCAUGUAA